AAGAGCAGUAAAGCCUCUGCUAAAUGUCAGUCAUCAUCAGAGCUGGUUAAGAGAAGUCUAGAAAACUGACUAGGAUGAGUUUACCAACUAGAGAGCAAUGUGAAGGCUGGAGUCCAGCUCAGGUCGCCGCUUUUCUCAGUCAGCACAACAUGAAAGAAUGUGCAGACGCUGUGCAGAGAAACAGGAUUGACGGCUGUCGCUUUCUGAUGCUCUCGGACGGAGACCUCAACAAAUUCAGCUUCAUCCAUCGGCCGCAGCUCCAAAAAAUCGUCCAAGACAUAAAAAAGAAUGACGACAGCCUUUUCAACAGACUAAAAAGGUUUCAGACAGAACAAACAGCUAAUAUUCUCAAAACCGGGAGAAAUACAUUGGACCGAAUAAAGAAGAAAAGACCUCCGAAAGUACCAGUGCGAGACUAUCAAGGUGAAGCUCCAGAUUCUGAGAAGGACUCUGACUCUGAUUUUGACAGUGACACGUACGAGGACCCCCAGGGGGAACACGAUGAUAGCUACGAGCCCCCGCCGAGGCUGGACGGACACAUGAAGGGCUUUACGGUCAGCCCGUCCAUCACCAACACCAGAGGAGAGUAUGUGGACAGCUGUCGUGGUCGACCGGCGAAACCAAACCAUCCUUUCCAUGUGCAACAGAGACACAAACCCCCUCGACUGACCCACCGCAGCCUGCCGGAGGAAGAUGAUGACGAUUACAUCGAGCCGGAGGACCAGACAGUGGAUGAUAAUUACAUCGACCCCACUGAGAAAACAGCAUCAAAGCCGCUGGUCAACAGAGGAGCCAAACCAUCUGGAAAAAGUCCUGAUUUCUACGAGAUUCCUGAUAUGAAGGAGAACUCUCCGUCUAAGACCAGCAGGAGUAACUCCAGUCUGCAACCCAGCACACAGGCGCCACCUACAGCCAGUCCACGAGUGAACAUCAAAAGCCCAAAAAAUCCAGAACCACAGUCCGAGGACGAGUAUGAGAUGUGUGACGCAGAAGACAGUGUUAAUGAAGGGCCAGAGGAGACCACAGAGGCCUGCAGACCAUCAAUACCUACACCGCUACCUAGAGACCUGAAGAAACCUAAUCCUCCUUUGACACCGAAACCAAACAUUGCUCCCAGGGAGAGUGAAGCCACAUUAAUUAAAACAACACCAGGGACUAUACCACGAAGCCCAGCGGACACCAUACCGAGCCCUUCAGCAACAGGGUUCCAUCGAGCCAAGAUGCCUCUGCCUCGGCAGCUUCCCUCCCAGAGCAAAGGGAUGUUGGCUUCGGACAGCAGAUCAGCUAGAGAUGCUGAAGAGGAAGCUGGUGUGUAUAAAAAGGUUUGGUAUGCCAGCAGCUGUGACCGCAAGACAGCAGAGGACGCUCUCAUACGCUCAGCCAAGGACGGCUCUUUUCUGCUCAGGAAGAGCUCUGGUGUGGACGCACAGCAGCCGUACACCCUGGUGGUGUUUUACAACAGUCGCGUUUACAACAUCCCUGUCCGCUACAUCGCUUCCACCAAACAGUAUUCUUUAGGGAAAGAGAAACAAGGAGAGGAGGUAAAAACAGACACGGAAGUGUUUGAAUACUUUGCUUUUGAAAAUUAAAAUGUUUUCAUUAUUUGCUCAUUCUCAACUCAAUGUUAUUUAACUAAUGCUCUCAUAACAUGCGGAAAAGUGUGAGUUAAGUCUUUGUGGUGUCUUAUGGAAGCUUGUUUCCACCAUGCACGGAAUAAAAAUAAA